CUGGAGCGGGUGGACAACCUGCACAGCAAGAGGGCUUGAAGUGUGCUUGAAAUAAACAUAAACAGUAUUUCUCUGCAAACUCAGCCCCAUUGCUUAUUGUAUGAGAGUCCCUUAGAGCAUAAAUGUGCAUGGGUUUCAUUCGCCUGUACUUGAUCUCCUUGUCAUACUGCCAUUUUGUACAGCUUGGCAUCUAUAAUGCGAAUUGAACAUGUUCAGCAUAGACUGCAUCAGAAUCACAAACCGUGUACUGUUUAUGUUCAACUUCACCUCUGAAUAACUGUAUACCGUUAUAAAGUCCAGUCUCCAUCGCCCCCCUCCUCUUCAGUCCGAGUCAUAAGACUGCAAGUCACUUGACAGUCCUCCCUCUAAACUUCAUGUGUUUCAUUAAGAAAUAAGGGAUGAUUCAAUAAGCCUCUUCUUUAUUGAGUGGUUACAGAAUCACUGUAUAAAGGCCCUCUAUACACGGCAAAGCAGUACUGUAGAUAACAGCAAUAUAGUUGUGUAUCUUCCUUGCAAUACACACUAUUUAACUGAAUACUCAAAUGGUUGGUUUCUACUUUAGUGUUUAUGCAGACUCCAAUGCAAACCUCACAAUCAGCCGUGGCGGAGGAGUGGCUUCAGUCUUAUCACUGGGCGGCUAAUGUCCUAAUUGAAUCAGAUGUGUUGGGGUGGGGAGAUGUUUGGAGAUAUUUAAGGUAGCCUCUCGUUUUUCCUUGAUACUAUCUUCAGAUCUGUGCAGACGAUGCAUUUAGAGAGGGAAGACUAAAAGCACUGGCAUAAUACCAUUAGUUUGUACCGACGCAUCCCCAGAAAGGACGAUAUCAACACAUUUUACUGGAUAAGAGAAGGUUGCAACAAGUAAUUGUGCUUUAAAUGAUCAUUUAUCUAGACUAACUAGAUAACGAGAAGACAGAAAGGUCGUGAGGAGCUGGGAAAGCAGUCAAAUCAAAGGGAAAAACAGGAUAUUGUCUGUUUGGAGAGAGACAAAAAAAACAAGUAAUGUCGCAGCUUCUAUGCCAUCUGCUUUUACUGUGUCUGGUACCAUCUGUGGUUCCUCUGUUUUGCUUCACCUGUGUCUUCCCUGCCAUCUCCCCACUGGACUGUAUCAAGUUCCCUCAGAAGUGUCCUCCAGGUCAGCAAUGUCUGUCCAGCAAAGCUGUGGGGAAGCGCGGAGAGUUCAGUGUGACACUGUAUGAGAAGAGCUGUGUCCUCUCCGCCCUGUGUGGCCUGACUGGUGAGAAGUACGCCAUGGGCCUCAACUUCACUUUUACCAAUGACUGCUGUUCCACCCACCUGUGUAAUGGAGCUGCAGCCCCCUCUGCCCUCUACUGGACUGGCUCUGCUCUCUCUCUCCUCUCAUUCACUCUCUCACUGUGAUUUACCCAACUUUAAAGAUAAUGCUACUGUUGCUAAAUUCAUAAGAAAAACAUGACCACAUUCAGAUGCCUAGCAUUGGUCGAAACCUUUCAGAUAUAAAUGUGAUGAACAGAGCUGGCAUGAUUCCUUGUUGUAAUUGUUGGAGGCAUGUUUGUUAUAAUGUACAUAGCGUAUUUCUAUCUGUCAGUUCCAAAACAUUGUAUUCUGCUGAACGUGGCCCAGGUGUUUAACACAAUGAAUGUGUGCUUUCUGUACAUGAAAUAUGGACAGAUGAGAUCAUUUCCAUUGAACUGACCAUUUCUUAGAGAUGAGCAAAUAAUGUGCUUAACACUUUAUUUUACAUCUAGGCAUAGCAUUAACAAUAUCCCACAUUUAUCUGUCAUCAAAGUUGAAAAUGAGAGCUAACAACGUAUAAAGCAUCCACUGUAUGGAUAAUACAUUGUCUGGAUAUCAUCUAUAAUUGU